AUGUUUUGGCUGUAGUGUGAGUAAUUAUGUAAAAAGUCCCACAUUAAUUUUAAAUGAAAAUUUAACCCAUAUUUAGGCCAAUAAAUACAGGUCCCAUUACUAUUUGUAAUUCAUUUGAAAAUUUGUAUUCAUUUUAUUUUAUAAAGGGUGGUUGUUUACUCAAUCUUCCUAACUCUAAUCUUGCCCGGAACCAUAUUAUUAUUGAGCCUAAUCUCACCUUUAAAAAGAUAAAGAAGAAGAGAAGAAAAAACCCAAAACAAAUCAUCAUGGAUGUAACCAAUGUUUUCCAUAUGACUGGAGGAAAUGGCCAAACUAGCUACACAAAUAAUUCUUCUCUUCAGAAGAAGGGCUCAGAUAUGGUGAAACAUAUAACCCUUGAAGUAGUGAAAGAAGUUUAUCUUACAACAACUCCAAAAGUAUUGGGAAUAGCUGAUCUGGGCUGUUCUUCUGGGCCAAACACCUUAUCUAUUAUCAAAGACAUAGUCAAAACUGUCCAAACGACAAGUCGUAUGAUGAAUAUGGUUUCACCACCAGAUUUUCAUAUUUACCUAAAUGACCUUCCAACAAACGACUUCAAUUCCAUCUUUAAAUCAUUACCAGAUUUCUCAAAAGAAUUAACACAGCAUAAUAAUAAUAAUAAUAGUACUCCUUCUAUCUUCAUAGGGGCUUAUCCUGGCUCCUUCUAUGGAAGACUCUUCCCCAAUAACUGCCUUCAUUUUGUAUAUUCUUCCUACAGUUUGCACUGGCUCUCUAAGGUUCCUCUAGGUUUAUAUGAUGAGAAGGGAAUGUCUACAAACAAAGGAAGCAUUUACAUCUGUGAAAGUAGCCCAAAAGGGAUUUCAGAAGCCUAUUUGAAGCAAUUUAAGAAGGAUUUGUCAUUGUUCCUUGGAUCAAGAUCUGAAGAAGUGAUCCAAGGUGGAAGAAUGGUGCUAAUAUUUUUAGGAAGAGAAGAACAUGAUCAUCAUCUUGAUAGAGGCAACUCUUUCUUUUGGCAACUCUUAUCUCGCUCUUUUUCCGUUUUAGUAUCCAAGGGUGUAGUUGAGGAAGAGAAGGUUGAUUCUUAUGAUGUGCAUUUUUAUGCACCAUCAAAAGAUGAAAUUGAAGAAGAAGUGAGAAGAGAGGGUUCUUUCGAGUUGACACUAUUAGACAUGUUCGAAAUAGAGAAGAAUAGUAAUAUUAAUUAUAAUGAGAUGAGCCAAGGAAGAACCAUUGCAAUGACAGUAAGGGCUAUACAAGAAUCAAUGAUUACUCAGCAUUUUGGAGAAGACAUUUUGGAUACUUUGUUUGAAAUUUAUGCAAACAUGAUAGAUCAAGAAAUUGCUAAACAAGAUAUUAGGCCUAUCACUUUUCUUGCUGUUCUUAACAAAUUGUGAACCGUAAUUUUUUUUUUGUAUGUUUUAGAUUUUGCUGUAUUUUGAAAAGGUUUCCUUGCAAUUAAUGUAGUGAAAAAGAAUCAAGGUUCAUUGUUUCAAAAAAAUUGUGAAAGUGCUUUAUUUUAUUUUUU